AUGAAAAAACUCACACUGGAGAGAAACCCUAUAAAUGCAAGCAAUGUGGUAAAGCCUUCAAUCUUUCCAGUUCCUUUCAAUAUCAUGAAAGGACUCACACUGGAGAGAAACCCUAUGAGUGUAAGCAAUGUGGGAAAGCCUUCAGAUGUGCCCCACACCUUUGAAGGCAUGGUAGGACUCACACUGGAGAGAAACCCUAUGAGUGUUAAGGAAUGUGGGAAAGCCUUCAGAUCUGCCUCACACCUUCAAAUUCAUGAAAGGACACAAACACACAUAAGAAUACACUCUGGAGAAAGACCUUAUAAAUGUAAGACAUGUGGGAAAGGCUUUUAUUCUCCCAAGUCAUUUCAAAGACAUGAAAAAACUCACACUGGAGAGAAACCCUAUGAAUGCAAGCAAUGUGGUGAAGCCUUCAGUAGUUCCAGUUCCUUUCGGUACCAUGAAAGGACUCACACUGGAGAGAAACCCUAUGAGUGUAAGCAAUGUGGGAAAGCCUUCAGAUCUGCCUCAAUCCUUCAAAUGCAUGCUGGGACUCACCCUGAAGAGAAGCCCUACGAGUGUAAGCAAUGUGGGAAAGCCUUCAGAUCUGCCCCGCACCUUCGAAUGCAUGGUAGAACUCACACUGGAGAGAAACCCUAUAAGUGUAAGGAAUGUGGGAAAGCCUUCAGAUCUGCCAAGAACCUUCGAAUUCAUGAAAGGACACAAACACACGUAAGAAUGCACUCUGUAGAAAGACCUUAUAAAUGUAAGAUAUGUGGGAAAGGCUUUUAUUCUGCCAAGUCAUUUCAAAUAUAUGAAAAAUCUUACACUGGAGAGAAACCCUAUGAGUGUAAGCAAUGUGGGAAAGCCUUUGUUUCUUUCACUUCUUUUCGAUAUCAUGAAAGGACUCACACUGGGGAGAAACCCUAUGAGUGUAAGCAAUGUGGGCAAGCCUUUGUUUCUUUCACUUCUUUUCGAUAUCAUGAAAGGACUCACAUUGGAGAGAAACCCUAUGAGUGUAAGCAAUGUGGAAAAACCUUCAGAUCUACCUCACACCUUCGAAAGCAUGGUAGAACUCACACUGGAUAGAAACCAAGGCAGGCCAAAGCAGGUGAAUCACCUCAGGUCAGGAGUUCAAGACUGGCCUGAUCAAUGUGAUGAAACCCCUGUCUCUACUAAAAAUACAAAAAUUGGCCAGGCGUGGUGGCCUGCUUCUGUAAUCCUAGCUAGUUGGGAGGCUGGCACAGGAUAAUUGCUUGAAUCUGGGGGGCAGAGGUUGCAGUGAGCCAAGACUGUGCCAUUGCACUCCAGCCUGGGCAACAGGAGCAAAACUCUGUCUCCAAAAAAAAAAAAAAAAAAGACUUGGCCUUGUGAUGAGGGGAUGCCAGCUCUAGACUCCUGGAGCUGUUUUUGCCUUAUUCUCUAAAGACUAAAAUAUUUCAUAAAAUGUAUGGGCGCUGUUUACCAGAAAGUACCUUGGUUAAAACAUAGAAAUUCAUUUAUGCCUUAUAAAGCUAUUUUUUUCAGGUUGGUUUAGUGAGUCACAGGAAGCUAAUAAAUUUGCGUAAAUUGUCUAAA